CUUAGCUGAUCCUCUCCAAGGCUUCCCUUCGGAGUGCGACACGAGCAGCCUUCGCGUGAAGAGAGACAGAGGAAGAGAAGGGCAAGAUCUAUCAUCAUCACAUCCAGCAUAGCAUGUCUUGUGUCUACUACUGUUAUGGCACAGACUGGGUGAGACAUUCCUCUCGAGUCUCGAGACAUGGCGGAUACUUCCGGAUCCAGCCCGGAAGGGGGGAUUUCCCGGGUCUCUCGCACAAACACCACAACAAGAAAAAACAACACCCUACCCCAGUAACUUACAUCAUGGCCAGGAAUGCUGUUCUCUUCUGACCUCGCUCCGUUCUCACCGGCAUGCUGUACUGGCACCAAUCGUCAGCAACCAGGAUUCCAAAAGACAUGUGACAUCAAAACCCACCUGUCAGACCCAGGGAGGUGAAUUGCAGCUCCAUCUGUCACCUCGGUGGUGAAACGCAACGACUGUUAGAGACCCCGUCGGUACCGUUAAACAAACAGCCUGACAGCAGCCACAUCCACCCACGUCAGACCUACAUCUUGCGGGGAAGGAAACAAAUGGCGAGGGACCAUCAUAUUGCCUAUUCUUGAGUACAAUUUGAAAGUAUAUAUCUGGUCGCAGACGUGUCAUAUCUUGGUUGUACUGCUGGGUAGGUGACUACCGCUUCGACUGGACUGUACUCCGUACGGUACUGCAUAACCUAUCAUCUUAUCAUAUGUGAUAUAUAUAGUAACGAGGCAGAGGUCUUUCUCCCCUCUCCUGAUGCUAGUAC